AUGGCUGAGAUGGAAGAGACGCCAGCGCAGCGACAAGCUCGCAUUCGCCGACAGAAGCGGGAAGCGAAAAUCACAGGCUCAGCGGCAGAAAGACUCGACAAGAUCACAAGAUUGAGUGGAAGGACACCGGAAAGCAUGCGCAACGAAACCCCAGUUUCAACGCCACCUCCAAGAUCUCCUCCAGAACCGAUGGAUCCACCGCCUGAAGGACCCGGUGCCUCGCCGACGGCGGAACAGCUAAAAGCGCAGGAGGAGUACUUGAAGGCAAUGUUGCGACAGCCCUUGUCACAAGGGGGACCAGGCCAAACACAGGAGGAAGACCCGAUGUUGAAGAUGCUGCAAACAAUGAUAGGAGGAAUGGAUAGUUCAACAGAUCCCAAUGCUCCUGGUGGGAUGGGUACUGGCCCCGGAUUGUCUCCCGACGACAUCUCAAAGGCAACGGGCCUUCCUUCCUUCAUCACGAACAUGGUGAUGGGAGAUCCGAAGGCGCCACCUAGCCAGGCCGAGAUACAGGCGACACGCUUCUGGAAAGCCGUGCAUGUUAUUUUCGCCUUGAUGGCGGGCUUCUACCUGGUAUUCCGCAUUCAUGAAUCCACUCAGACGUAUGGUGAGAAUCCACCGGCACCAGCGACCUUCCAGAACCCGUUUAUUGUGUUCAUGACCGGAGAACUAGUGGUCCAGGGCGCAAGAGCAGUAUCAAAAGGCCAGUCGGGCAAAAGCGGAAUAAGGCUGUGGAUACAAAUGGGCAAGGAAUUCAUCGGGGACGGCGCGAUUAUGGUGUUCAUGCUGGGAUUAGCGUCCUGGAUGAAAGGAAGCUGA